UUAACAAAUAAUACAAGAAAGAAAAUAAAUUUGUUCUAUUUUUGGAGUGUGUGGGCGUGCGAUAAUUCUCGAGUUUAAGAAUCGAAAAGAUCGAAAAGAGAAGUAGUGCUCGACGACUGUCGAGCGAGACACAAGGCAAAAAGUUAAAGUAAAAAUAAUUAAAAAAAUACACACACACACAACAAUUCAUUGUGUGUUUUAUAUUAAAAUAUAAAGAAUUUAUCGUCCCUUAAAUAUAUUAAAUAAAUGUUUCGGUUUAAUUAAACAAGUCAUUUUAAUCAAAAUCAAUUCGUUCCCCCCUCGCGAGUGUUGGUUGACCUUCCACGAAAAGCGGAAAUUUACGUUUUAACCCGCAAGGAAAAAACAAUAUAUAUUUUCAUAUUUUAACCAAUAAAAAUACAAUAACACAACAUUUUUCUACUUUUAUUCCUUGUACAAAAAAAUAUUACCAAAACGAGUGUAUUCAUCUUUUUGCGACGAUUUUUUGUAACAAUUAAAAUUGAAAGUAAUAUAUAUAGAUAGAGAGAGAGAGAGAGAAGAAAAUAAUAAUAAAGAAGUGUUAAAAGGAAAUUUUUCGGUUUUUCGUUUGCCGUCAUCAUUGACAAGAACGAUUUUUUCCGCGGGUGAAAAGACAAAAGAUUUGUGGUUUUUUUUCAGGGGAGAAAAAAAGAAAAAUACAAAGUUCAUCGUCAGAAUUGUCUUUAGAAAAAAACGAGGAAAAAAAGAAAUAACGAAAGUGUGAUAUUGGAUAAAACGAUUUACAUUCUAUGAACACUAAGGGCCAAGAGGACCCUGGAGAAGAUCUCGCAUCCAGGGUGGGAGCUGAAAGCCCUUGCAGCAAUAUGAAGCGAGCAGCUGCCAAAAAACUCAUUGAGAGAUACUUUUAUCAACUUACUGACGGUUGUGGAAAUCCCCAGUGUGACAAUGAAAAUUGUGUUUCAAGUGGAAAGGUGACAAAUCUCACGCCAAAUCAAGCGGCGGCGCAGGCAAUUCAAUUGUUUUCACAGGAGGCGAGACUUUGCGAUGGCACACAACCGAGUAAAGUGGCGAGGACAACAUUAGAACCAGGUCCAGCGUCAUUGGCAAAAAGUCUCCCAGUGAAAAACGUCAAUCCCACAUGUUCCGUUGAAGCGUUUUCAAAAACAGGAAAAGAGGAACCGUUUUUGACUGAGGGGAAACUGUUGGAGAUUAUUGAGAAAUGUCGAACGGAGGGUUCGUAUUCGUUGUUGAUACGAACAUUGGGCGAGGUUUUCUCGUCGGCCGAAGCUCUUAGCAGGAGUUUUCAGAGGGCUGAGAAAAAUGACUCGCCAUUGGCAGCUCUACUUGACAGGGCGCCAGUAUCAUUGUUAAGGCCACCCAGUGAUUUAAAUAAGGAAGCUGUGCGAUCGCUUCAAGGCGAAGAUAAGGAGGAGGACAGCAGUGAUCCAUCGCCGGCUGUUCUUCAUCCUGACGAUACCAGUGUUGAUCUUCCCGGUGUUCGGAGAGCAUUCACUGCAUUAUGGUCCUUACCGGGUGAUGCUUUCGAAUCAGCUUUAGUACAUGCACUAGUCACACUGGCCGAUAAUAUAGAAUUAGGACUCAGGGUAUUUGGAAUAAUGCCUUAUGACAGUACCGAUAGUUUGUUAAAUGUUUUUCUAAUUGUUUUUGAAAUCCCCGUAUUGGGGACGAGCGAUUAUUUGGAAUUGGCUUUGCAUAUGUUGUGCAAGGCCGCAAGUUGUUUACCAUUACCCGCACAGGCAAAAUUAGCACGAAUUUGGGCUCGACAUUGUAAAUCGAGACUCGAAUGUCUUCUUCAAGCACUUCAACAACUUAUAACUGUCAAGGUUAUUGGCGGUUCUUUUACACGUGAUUAUUGCGUUCAAGACGCUGACACUAUAACGGCACCAACGAAAGUCAUGAAAAUACUCUACUAUGCGAAUAUUUUGGCCGGUGAAAUGGAUCCGCCUGAAUUUUCCCAAGAAGAAGACGGCGAAGUUAUGAGUUCGGAUAAAUCCGGACCAAAAUCAACGACUUCACAAGCAAUUCAGGAUCCCCUUGCGAAAGCUCUUGGAAUUUCAGCACUUGAUGCACGCAAGGCAUUCAUUCCAUUCACAGAUUUUUACAACGAACCUUUAAGUGACGCAGUGGAAAUGGAUAAGGAUUUUGCCUAUUAUAAAAGCGAUCAACCAAUGAAAUUCAGCUUUAUGAAUUAUGCUUUUAUUUUAACGCCAGCGACAAAAACACUUGGCCUCUAUUACGAUAAUCGAAUAAGAAUGUACAGUGAACGACGAAUGAGUUUUCUUCAAACUGUCGUCGGUCAACCCACACAUCCAUAUCUUAGACUAAAGGUGCGACGGGAUCAUUUAAUUGAUGACGCUCUAGUGGAAUUGGAAAUUGUCGCCAUGGAAAAUCCGUCUGAUCUUAAGAAGCAACUCGUUGUGGAAUUCGAGGGUGAACAGGGAGUCGAUGAAGGUGGUGUUUCGAAAGAAUUUUUUCAGCUCGUUGUCGAGGAAAUUUUUAAUCCCGACUACGGAAUGUUUACGACGCAGGAAGACACACAGACGACGUGGUUUAAUUCGACGUCAUUCGAAAGCGAUGCCCAAUUCACGCUCAUUGGAGUUGUGCUCGGUUUGGCGAUUUACAAUAAUGUCAUACUCGAUGUACGUUUUCCAAUGGUGGUUUAUCGUAAAUUGCUGGGGAAGAAGGGAUGCUACGCCGAUUUAGAAGACUGGAGUCCAACAUUAUUUAGAAGUCUUUCAGAAAUUGUAAAUUAUAUUGGAGACGAUAUGUCCGAGACAUUUAUGCAAACCUUCAGAGUUGGCUACAAAGAUGUUUUCGGCUCAGUUCUUUUCCACGAGCUAAAGGACAAGGGAGACGAAAUUUAUGUUUCUCAGGAAAAUAAAAAAGAAUUCGUCGAUCUUUAUGCGGAUUUUCUGCUAAAUAAAUCAGUAGAGAGGCAAUUUAAGGCGUUCCGACGUGGUUUUCAAAUGGUCACUGAUGAAAGUCCACUUGGUUUGCUUUUUAGGCCUGAAGAAAUUGAGCAGCUCGUUUGCGGAAGUAAAAUCUUCGACUUCGCUGAACUCGAGGCGGCAACGGAAUACGAGGGUGGAUAUACGGCCGAAAGUGAAGCGGUGCGAAACUUUUGGCGAGUGGCGCAUUCAUUACCACCAGAGAGUCAACGGAGGCUUUUGCAAUUCACAACCGGAAGCGAUCGAGUACCUGUUGGUGGUUUGUCGAGAUUAAAAAUGGUGAUCGCUCGCCACGGGCCUGAUUCCGAUAGGUUACCGAUAGCGCAUACAUGUUUCAACGUUCUAUUAUUACCAGACUAUGGCACCAUAGAAAAAUUACAAGACAGACUAUUAAAAGCGAUAAAUUACUCAAAAGGUUUCGGAAUGCUGUGAAAUGUGAAAAUCUCAGUCAAUUUUUUUUUUUUUUUUUAUUCUAAAGCGAGGGAAAAAGAAGAAAAUCCGCAAUCCAAUCUUUCAUUUCCUCCCCUUAUUUAUUUUAACAAGAAAAAAAGCAAAAAAACGAAAAAAAAAAUGAACUUUUUAGGAAAAAAAAAAAUAAUUGGUGACUCCCUAAGAAAAAAAAAUGGGUCGUUUAUUGAAUCAGUGAUCAAUUUUGAGAGAUGAUUUCUUAAAUAGUGAAAUUUUCUUUUAACGGGAUUUAAAAAUAAGCUUUUAAAAAACAGUGUACAAAAAAAAUACAAAUCAGUUCAGAUUUUUUUAUUUUAUAUAAAGAGACACGCGAUAUUUUUUUUUGUCGCGUUUCUUCCAAGGGAAAAAAGAUAUAUAUGUAAAUGUAUUUUUGUUGUUUUUUUAAUUAUUUCUUUUGGCGCAAUUUUUUUUGUUUUUUUCAAUGACGAAUGCGUUUGUAAGAUUUUUAUUGUUUUGUUUUUUUUUUUUUUUUUAAAGAAAGACGAGACUGAGCAAGUGGAGUUUAAACCGAGACCCCAAAGAGACACGAGCUGAAUGACUGUGAUGAGAGAGAGAAAGAAAAAAAAGAGAGAAAGAAGGAAAGAAAGAAAGAGAGAAAGAAAAGGGAAAGAAAGAGAAAAAGAAAAAAACAGGAAAGAAAGGAAGAAAAAGAAAUGAAAAAAGAAAGAGGAAAGAAAGAAAAAAGAAAGAGAGAAUGGAAGAGAAAAUGUAAUCGUAUGCCAAGUGAAAUUUUAAAUGUAGAUUGUACAAUGUGAAUGAGAUAUUUAAGAAAAAAAAAAUAAAUCAAGAAACAUUAAAUGUGACUGAAAAAUAAUAGAAUCGAAAAAAAGUGUGUUGAAGAAACAAUUUUUGCUUUCGAUAACCAUGUAUUUUGAAAAUACUUUUUGAAAAUGAAUGAAAGAAAAGUAGAAUUUCUCAACAAACAAAAAAUGAAAAAAAAAAUAAAAGACACUUGAAAAUUUUCACAAUACACAUUUUUCUAAAAAAAAAAUGUAAUUUGAAAAAUUUGUAUAAGCGAGAAAGAUUUGAAAAAUACUUUUUAUUUUUUCUUUUGUAAUUGUAUUGUCGAAUUUAUUUGUUUUAACUCUUAUUCUUUCUUCUUCUUCUUUUUGUUAUUGUCUUUUAUGCUACAAUCAUUCUCGAUUUAAUCGAUCAAGAUAAAUUUGUAUAAAAAAAAAUUUGUAAUUAGCGACUUUUUUAAAAAGACGCAACUUCGAGUUUAUCUUAAUCGUGUGACAAUAAAAGAACUAUUAAAAGAA